AUGAGGUCUGUCAACGGCAGUGGGCUCGAUGAGCUAGCUUAUCUGAAUCAGUCCAAUGCGACAUUGAUCGAUAGCAGUGUGGUGUUUUCGUCAGCGAUCAACUAUCCAUAUCAAAUAGCGCGCUCACUUUAUUCCGCAAUCGCAAGCCAGUACAAAGAGUACGAAAUGGGUACAAGGGCAGAUUCCAUGGCACUCAAUACCUCAACUUUCGUAGAGUCGGUUGGGUACUUCUUCAGCAACUACGCCGUGGGGUGUUUUGUGACCGCGUUAGUGCUCAACCGGAUUGUGGCCAUGGCGUCGCUGCGCGCGAACGCGCAACGCGUGGAUCUGCCGCUUUGGUCCAAAUUUCUAUUCCAUGCGGUUGCGAUCGCAUUGCUUGUGUAUAACGUGUGCAUUACGCUUGGGCAGCUUGGCAUAAUGCCUGCGCAGGCAACGGCGGCCAGCGAUAUCGAUAGCUACCUAGCACAAACCUACACGAUAAUAUGUUUGUCGCAUUGCAUAGAGACAUUUAUUACAACGACUACAAACUCCAAACCCAUGGAGGAAUUCGAUUACACAAUAUUCGAGCUCUCGAUCCAAUUCUAUUCGCUUUCGCGUAACUCGCCCGCGCUUGCCGAGUACGCUCCGGAUUGUCUCAUGGCACUAUUUGGAAGACUUAUUAUCCACUUCGUAGAGCUCACCAAUCGACGCAAUCGCCGGUUGAUGCUCUCUACUGUACUAAACUGUGGGUACCUAUUUUACAUGUUCCGCAGCAUGUAUUUCUUCGGACUGGAUGCCAUGCCUCUCACCAGCCGGUAUCGGCACUUCCCGAAGCUCUUCUCGCUCUUCUGCAUCCUCGUAUCGCUUGCGUGCUACCUGCUUGCUUGCAUUGCGAGACUCAACCCUUUUUCCUCUUCGGGAACCACCUCAGACACAUCACAAUUGCAAUGCCAAUCGUUUAUGAACAAUUGGUAUGCAAACUUGAACUGCACGGGCGAAGAAGAAUUCACAACGACGCUGAUAAAGUUGGCAAUACUUGUUUGCAACCCAGAACAAUCUCGUAAGCACGGCAUUCACAGAGAGUUUCCAGAAUUGAACAGUCCUGCAGAUAUUCACAAAUCGUUCUUUGUUAGUGGGUACAUGCAGAAAUGGUCUACUAUGCCCGAUGAUUCAAAUAAUGCUUCGCAUCAAGUCAUCGAGCGCUCUGUGUGGCAGAAAAGGGUUCUUGCAUACAAGGAACUGACCGCAGCCUUUGCCUUUAGGAUAAAAUGCUUCUUUAAGGGUGCGGGCAACGUAAAAGUCCCACAAUCAUCUACUGUGCAGCAAAGGAAAAACUACAAUGAUUACGUUACUGAAAAGAACUACGUCAAAUUUCUAACUGCGGGCGCUGACGACAGCAAUUGUGGUUCGCGCUACUUACUUCCUGAGGAAGAUUUUUCCGGAGACUAUUUGCCAAGCGAAGAUGAUGAGGAGAAUUAUGACGACCAGGAUUACGAAUAUGCUGAACGUCAUGAUGAAGAUGACGAUGACAGAGACAAUGAGUUUACCGAAAAAGAUGGCAGUAUCAACGCAGAAUUGGCCUGUACGGAGGCCCUUUCAGACUUGAUUAUCGCAUCUGCACCGAGCUCGGCCCAAGAAACACCCUCAGACCUGAGUUGGUUUCUGUCCGUGUGGACAAUACUCAAAUGCAAGUUCCAGGAGAACAAACGUCUCACAAGGUCGCAGUAUUCCAAGCUGAACGAGCCUGCAAUCCUGCGAGAAGUUAUGAUAGAAAGAUUGUUAACUUCAGCACAACCAGCAUCAUCAGAUAGCAGUGGAAUUGAUCUUGCGUGUGUUGUUUGUAAAACUAAUCCAAGAAACAUUGUGCUAUGGCCUUGCAGAUGCUUCGCGUUGUGUGAAGAAUGCAGGGUAUCAUUAGGUCUACGGGGGUUUAAGACAUGCAUAUGCUGUAGGUCUCCUGUGAAUGGUUAUAGCAAGUUAAAUGCUGUAUAA